AUGGAACAAAGAAUUGAACAGUUGAUUGAAAUAUGUAUUCAGAGUGAUGGUGAUCUAAAAAUAUAUGAAACCUUGUACGAAUGUUUAGUACAGAAUAAUGGACCAUACUAUAUCAAAUCUUUGCAAUUGUUAAAUGAUCUAAUCAAAUCUAGUAAUCUGAAUUCAAAAAUAUUCAAUUAUAUCCUAAAAUAUUUUCAUUUCGAUAAAUUGGUUGUUGAUAUUGAAUUGGACAGUUUAAUUUUAAUCCAAUGGUUACAAAAUAUUUCAAUCAAAAAUUGGAAGCUUUUAAUUAUCGUGUGCAACUUAUCAAGGGAUUAUCCACAACUGGUAUCAAAACAAUUUUUGGAACUUUUAAACCAUUUUCCCUUUAACUUGAACCAUUUUCCAAGUUAUCUAAUGCUUAAGAUAAUUCAAAAAAAUUAUUUUACAGAUCAUAGUUUUGACUUUAGCUCUUUAAUGGUUCAUAAAAUAGAUCAAAUCAUAAUAAAUAAUAAAGAACGUUAUAUGGGCCCCAUUUAUGUACAGGUUAUCCAUAACUCUUUAUAUCUUUAUAUAGAUUCAAUUGGAAUAUUAUUAGAAAUAGAUAAUUUUCAAUACUAUCAAAAUGAUACAGAGAAACAUAAUAAAGAGAUUAUUUUAAAAAUUAAUAACUUUUGGUUUCUUUUUGAUAAAAAUGACUAUGUCCAUAAUGAUACCACUUCUGCUACUACUAUUUCCUCUUCAAUCACUAAUACCCAUAUUCUUUCAUCCCACGAAAAUUUAAAAACUAUAACUCUUCUUUCCCCCUUUGCAGAAAAUAAUAAGUAUAGAGUAAGCACUUCAAAAACAAUAUUAAAAUUGAAUGGUAAUUUGACACCAUCACAGGAUUCUAUACUGAUAACAAAGUGCAAUGAAAUAUCACCGCCUAAUAAUACAAAAAAGAGUUUCAAGAAAUAUUAUAUAGAUAACAAGAUUGAAAAUACAGAAAAGAAAGCAAAUAAUAAAGUAAAUAACUACAAAGAGUCAAAGAUAGUAAAAUCAAGAGUUGAAAAACUUCCAAACAAUUUAAAAUAUAAUAAAAAGAACAAAGAUAAAAAAAGUCUUAACGUCAGCUGUAAGAAUUCCAAAUCUUUAAAGCAAGGACAUUUGGAUAACUAUAAACCUGUUGUUACUAUUGAAUCUUCUCAGUUAGAUGUUCAAAAGGAUUUAAUACAGCCUCAAUCAGAUAAAACAACUGUAAAAGAAGAAAAAACUAGCACUUUACAAAAAACUAAUGUGAUUAAUGAUGAUUCCACAACUAUAUUAGCUAAUGUUACCACCACCACAGGCACUACUAAUAGUACACCCACUAAUCCAUCAAAAAAGAGCAAAUUAAAUAAUGUAGAGAAUACAAAUAACGAAGAUAUCAUUCAUAUCGACAAUCCUGCGAUAUCCAAAAGCAAAGCAACCAUAUCAUCCACUGUUACUCCGCCAAAUGGCUUUACCAACUUGUUGCAACAACAAAUCGAGCAGUCUGUAAAUAUAUUCACGAGAGAUAUUGUUAUCAAAGUGAAUAUGAUCAAUCAAGAAGUCAAGCAGGCUUUAAUUAAACCGUUAUUGAGUAAAUAUACUAAAAAAAUCGAAGAUCUUCAGGAAGAAUUUCAAAGAGACACCGAUUCACUAGUCACCAAUUUUGAAAAUAUGGUAACCAAAUUACAUUGGAAUCAAAAUGACUUAUUUCAAUUUUUAGAAAAUUCUCGCCGUACGACGUGA